CCUCGCCUGAUUGUUAGGGUAAGAGCAUCAGCCUGGCUUCCUUAUUCCAGCAUCUAGGGUGGGACCAAAUAAGAGCAGGCAGAAUCUGCCACUCCUCAUCCCUGUGUGUCUGAUUCCCCCAAGUCCUCAAACCAGAGGGGAUUUCCUGGGAUCUAUUACCACAUCUGCCUCUCCUUAUUCCCCACACUGGAAUCCUUAUGUACGACGACUUGUAUCUCCAUGGCUUUGAGGACUCGGAGGUGGGUUCAGCUGAUUCCUACACGAGCCGUCCAUCGUUAGACUCAGACGUGUCCCUGGAGGAGGAUCGGGAGACUGCCCGCCGCGAGGUGGAGAGGCAGGCCCAGGAACAGCUCGAGAGAGCCAGGCUCAAGCCGGUAGCAUUUGCUGUGCGGACUAAUGUCAGUUACUGCGGAGCAUUGGAUGAGGAGUGUCCGGUUCAGGGAGCUGCUAUUAACUUUGAAGCCAAAGAUUUUCUACAUAUCAAAGAGAAAUACAACAAUGACUGGUGGAUCGGGCGGCUAGUAAAAGAGGGGGGGGAUAUCACCUUUAUCCCAAGCCCCCAGAGGCUAGAGGCCAUUCGACUCAAACAAGAGCAGAAGGCAAGGAGGAUGGGUGGCAACACCUCUGGUUUGGGAGACAUGGUCUCAGGAAAUCGGCGUUCACCUCCCCCAUCUAUGGCUAAACAGAAGCAAAAGCAGACAGAGAACGUGGCACCUUACGACGUGGUUCCUUCUAUGAGACCUGUGGUCCUGGUUGGCCCUUCCCUGAAAGGAUAUGAGGUGACAGACAUGAUGCAGAAAGCACUGUUUGACUUCUUGAAGCACAGAUUUGAUGGCAGGAUCUCCAUCACUCGGGUAACAGCUGAUUUAUCGCUUGCGAAGCGCUCAGUACUUAACAACCCAGGCAAGAGAGCCAUCAUUGAGCGUUCCACCCGCUCAAACAUUGCUGAGGUACAAAGUGAGAUAGAGAGAAUCUUCGAGUUGGCAAAGACUCUUCAGCUGGUUAUUUUGGAUGCCGACACAAUCAAUCACCCUGCUCAGCUUUCCAAAACCUCCUUGGCCCCCAUCAUUGUGUAUGUCAAAGUUUCCUCUCCCAAGGUGCUACAGAGACUAAUAAAAUCCAGGGGAAAAUCUCAAGUGAAACACCUUAAUGUCCAGAUGCUGGCUGCUGACAAACUGAUACAGUGUCCUCCGGAAAUGUUUGAUGUGAUACUGGAUGAGAAUCAGCUGGAAGAUGCUUGUGAACACCUUGCAGAGUACAUGGAGGUUUACUGGAGGGCCACACACCAUCCACUGCACCCACAUGCUGGCCAGAACCUCAUGACACCACCCACUGCCAUUCCAGGAUUACAGAACCAGCAGCUUCUUACAGAUCGAGCUAGUGAGCACUCACCCUUGGAACGCGACAGUUUGAUGCAAUCUGAUGAGGCUAGUGAGACUUCCCGCAAGACUUGGACAGCCUCUUCGCAGAGGAGUUCCCGCCACUUGGAGGAUGAGUACUCCGAUACCUACCCAGACCUGUAUCAGCCCCAUCGGCACCACAACAGUGGACUGAACAGCACGAAUGGACAUGACUCUCAGGACCGACUCCUGGAGCGUGACUCAGAGCAGAACCACAAUGACAGGAACUGGCAGCGUAACCGUCCAUGGCCCAAGGACAGCUACUGAUGGAGACCCCUGUGCACCCACCCGUCCUACACACAUAGAUACACUCCUCCUGCAUGGCAGUGCAUGUCAGGGGGCUGAACCAAUGAGUGUAAAUUUUAAGGGUAGCUUUCAGGUGCAGAAAUGCACGGUCAGGGGCAAGCAAGCAACCCAGUUAUCAUUUACCAUGUGCUUGGUAACAACCGGCUGCAAUACAGGCUACAGAUAGCAUCAUAAGGCAGUUUAAGAGUAGUUGCACCUCUACAGCACCUGGCCUUUAAAAUAAAUGAGCAAAGUAGCAGAACCAGGGUACUCGUUUUUUCCUGUGGUUUACAUUUAAAGGCAACUUGGUGCAAGAUACAAGCAACAAUUCGUAAACAUCCACAAUGGUUUUUAACGUGAAAGAUGUUAUUCUGUUAAUGCUGUGUUACAUAUGUUAGUCUCUCGGAUUUUAUUUUUAAAACCUAUACAAUACACGUAAGUUUACAAAGAAAGUCCUAAAAGAAUCGAUGUUGUGGACUAGAGGUGCAGUCUGCCAAAGUGACAGAAGGCUCUGGGCUGAUGCCAUUCUGUGUCCUCCUAAUACAGGUUGGCUCGUCGAGGGCAUUCCAUGAUGCUGCUCCAUCCUCAGGCAUUAAGCUUGUUUGCUGGCAACAGUUUUGUUGUGUAGUACUGAUCCGCAGACAGCAGUCCCUCUAGAGUCACAGAGUCUGGGAUUAAUGGAAUCAAUAAGUCCAGGUCCUAAGAACAAAGAAGCAAACACAUUUGGAAAUACUUGCAAUGGGUCCAUGAGAAUUGUUAGUUGAAGUGAAACUACUGUGAAAAAAAGAUGUGUCCUUGUUUCAGUUUCUCAGUUUCCACAAGUUUUACAGACAUCAAAAUUAAUCUAUAGGCAUUUUGCAGACAGUGAAGAUCAGAGAAAAAAAAUAUAAA